ACAUAGCAGAGACAGCUCGCGCGGGGCCGUGCACGCGCUGGACAUUGAUAAGAAAAUUGCUAGACAGUAGUUAUAUAUUACAUAUAUGUCAUUUUCAUUACAGCCAUUGUGAAGAACUGGACGAAGGGAAUCGCGUGUAUCACACAUGGAGCGUCUUGGAUUGGAAAUUGCUAUUCUAUAGCUACUAUAUUUAACUGUUGAUACUUUAUUAACGGUGAUGUGGAAUUAAGAGUUACUGAGGAUUUUGUAGGCUACCGGACAAAGGACGGCGCAUGUGUCACUUUAUAUUCAAGAAUGUCCAAUUUCUUUCUUUCUUUUUUUUUUUAUUUUUAAAAAGUUUAAUUUGACUUUUAAGACUAUUUAACAGUACACUUUUACAUUAGAUUUUGUUAUUGACAUUUUUUGACGCAUGAACAGGUAUUUUCCACGACGUUCUCCAUACUUGUUAAUCUCAGAUAAUAUAAUUAGAGAUAUUUUAAUUAGUCUGGACCAUGUGAAAUAAUUUAGUGAGUGUACAUCACCAGCUGUGUAAUCCUGGAGUUUGGUGCAUUGCCGGGAAAACUCUUUUCGCUUUAAUCCGCAAACUACCUCUCAAAGGACUUCAAAUGGGCCGCUUGCUCCUCAGAAAAGAGACUCAUUCUGCUGUGGAGGGCAAUUUGAAUGUUUGCGCACCGAGAGGAAUGUCGAGCCUGCACAGCCUCUGAAGGACUCAACACUGCUGCUUAAUUAACCCGAUAUUUGAUCAAGAGCCACAGCCGCCGCUGUCCGGCUCCAGGUGCUGAGCGUCUAGUGCGCGUUUCGCUCAAUGCGCACUGUCCCGCGGAGCCCCGCAGCGGGACGGCAGCAAGAUGAGCUCGCUGAUCCCGCUUCUUCUCGCGGUGCUUGCGGCGGCGUGUCUUCGGAUCGGCAGUGCGGAGGUGGAUCCUCUCCCAGCUGCUGUGGUUGAGUUAGUGAAGGGUGGAUCACUGUCCUCUAUGCAGGAUCUGCAGUUUCUGCUGUUGUCUGAGUCCAUCGAGAUCGAGCCAGACAGUCACUAUGACAACGACACCAGCAGUCGUCUGCCACGGAGUCUUCUCGACGCUCAGCCUGCUCAGCAAGCCAUCUGUAAGGUCAGGACAGAGGUCAUCGAGGUCACCCGCUCCAUGUUGGACCGAAGUAAUGCAAAUUUCAUGUUGUGGCCUCCGUGUGUGGAGGUGCAGAGGUGUUCAGGGUGCUGUAACACCAAGAGCCUGCAGUGUGUUCCUGUACUUACACACACACGAUACCUACAGGUGAUGAAGAUACAGUAUGUGAACAAGCAGCCGCUCUACGAUAAAGCCAUCGUCUCUGUCCUCGACCACGUUGAGUGCCGCUGUCAGCCAGCCCCUCGUUCCACCCAGCGUAGGAAAUCGUCUGCCACCAUACAGGUAGCGCGUGACCGCUUGGGGAAAACUCACUUUAAAGAUGAGCUCCACCGCAGGGAUGAGCUCAAACACAACCAGAGGCUCAGCCUGGAGGACCUACUGAGCCAAAGCUGGCUGCCCAAGGAGAGGCUCUCUGAAUCGGGAGCACCAGAUGCCUUCCACCCCUCUGGAGAGAUCAAGCUGUCUUUCGGUCGUGACGGCUGGGGUCUGAAUGAGACGCAGUAUGGAGGGAGCAAAGGUCAUCUCCAUUACCCUGGGGAAAGAGAGCUAUCAAAUGCCCAAAUUGAGUCACAGGCUAAUGCUAACCAAAGUAUAACCAAUCUAACAUACGAAUAUGAGAUUGGUUUAAUGGAAAUGACCAAUAAGACUUUUAACCAUCACUCAAAUCUCAUGCAAGAAGUCAACCACACCAAUAUCGAACAUUUACAAAGAAAUGAACCCAACUUUCCAGCAGGGACCAAUCAGAAUCAUGAACAUAAGGCCCCACCAACAGAACUGACCAAUCAGACCGAUCAGCUCACCUCAAACACCACACAAAUAUCCAAUCAAAAUCUAGGAGAUGUGUUUCUGUCUUCAGAGUGAGAACAGUAAGAAUGUGAGACGUCAUGAGACUUCAGAUGUAGGGAGUAGAGAGGAGGAGAAGAGAAAUUCCAGCCCACAAGUGGAGAGAAAAGCAAAACCGCUAGAUGAAGAAAAACACAAACAUCACCUCAAAGUACAGCAAACAAGUACACAACAGGACGACAAACUACAACAGCUCCACCACAAACAUAAACAUGACCACACAACCACGACCACACAACGAACAGGAACCACAUCUCCUCCUCCACAACGGUCCCCUCCACGCACACCUCCCAAACCAACUCCUCACCCCACAAAACGGAGGAGAAAACAGCGCAAACGCAUCAGCAAAUCUGCCAUGAGAGCACUGCUCAUGUAGCACAAACACACACAGACAGAUGUUCAGAUGGGUGCUAUCUCGCCUCCCUAAAAUUCGGCCUAACAUCUCGUUUUGUGAUUCACGGAAGAAAGAAAGCCACAAGGAAGUAUGCUGUCCAAAAACAGCCUCCUACAAACUGCUGUUCUCACUAAAUUGGACCAUUCUUGCAGGUUCUUUUUCACAUUUCAUCAAAUGAAGAUUCUCUCUCAAUGCUCGAGCUGGAUCCUUUAGAAUGGACAUUCAAGCUGAGAAAUGGAACCAAGACUGGGACUUAAGGAGCAUGUUAAUUAGAAAGUUUGGAAGAACAUUGGAAGUAAGGAGGUUGAGAACAUUGGAGAAGAAUAUUGGAAUGAAAAAUAUAAUGCUGGGUAACUGCAGCAGACCAGAGUCUGUUCCUCUCUGGGUAAAAUAUGGAAAAGAAUGGCCUGACAAAACCCAUAACCACCAUUUUCCUCAUAACUACUAUCUAUCACCAUAAAAGUUUAAACCUAUGCUCCAUCUCAAUUUGUUUUAUUAUUUUUUUAUUUAGCCACUCCAUAUGAAAGCAGUUGACUUUUUUAUUUUAUUUUGGAACCAAUGAUAAUCAAGCCUUGAAUAGAAAAAAAAAAAAAAAACACUAGGAUUGAUGGUCAUUUCAAGAAGCAUUUGAUAAAUGACAAUUGUUUUUUUUUGGCAGUAAUGGUAUUAUCAUCAGAGACGACCAGAAAGAAAUCUUUUAGGAAGUGUCAAAGGUGACAAAACAAUUUGUUAUGUCAUAUUUAUUCAAAUUAUGUGGUUUUACCUAAAACAGACAGACAGACAGAAAGCUUGAUCAACUUGACAAACAGAAACUUUAUUUUAAUACAUUACCAGCCAAAACCCCAAACUACUUUUCUAUAAAUUGUUUGUUGAAUAAUUUUUUUAAUGAAUAUUUAUGCGAUUUUUAACACUGGAAAUUCACACAGGAUAAAGAAAGAGACUGUUUCUAUCUCUAAUAAUUCUUCAUACCUCUAAGAGUGUAAAGGUGCUACAUUAUAACACAAAAAGCAUUAAGAGUUUUAUCAUUAAUAUUAUUUAUUCUGUGUAAAUCUUCUAUUCUGUUCACAGCAGACACAGUGUUUUGUCUUAGUCUUACAAAUCACUCACCAAAAGAACAAAAUGUGGAUUUUUGGAGUAUGUUAAUGUUCAGGUCAAUGUCUAUGUUGGAUCUUUACUAAAAAUUCAGAUGGUGCAGACUUUGCACUCAUUUUAAUGCAUUGAAUAAAACUGAAACA